UUCGGUGGUUAGUGAUUUUGAUUUAUAAAAAAAAUUGCGUAAUCACAGUCAAAAGUGACGCACCAUCUUAAUCUGUUCUCACCUGCAGUUGCCUAUGUAAGGCGAGAAACCCAAAUAUCCAUUAUCCAGCUCUAGAUAAUUCGGGCAGAAUCAUUGAGAUUCGUGGAAUGGAAUCGUCAUCUUCAUCCUCAAUCAUAACUCCCGAAGAUGUGCUGGAGACUCUGAUGAACGACGGCACAAUUGACGCCAUCCGACUGAAAAUCAUCUCUCAGCUCAAAGCCAAUGAAGAACUGAAGAAUACAACCAUAAAAAUGGUGGAACAGAGUAAGGUUCUGAACACUCCAGGGGCUGAGAAGCAGACCAAAAGAGAGCUUUUUGAUGCACUUCGUCAAGAACUUGAGGAACUUCUAUCAAAGUGCUGGAAAUGGUUAGACUUCUCAUCUUCAGGAAAAGGUUUACGGUUUCCAAACAUAAUAGCAAAUUCUCCUAAAAAAAAAUCCACAUGAUCCUCCUGAGCCUCUGGCCCAGAUUUCCUUUUAUCAAGGCCCGAAUAUUCUGAAAACAUUUCCUUGGGUUGUCUAGGUUCUUGACUUUUGAUCCAAACAGCUUUGUCAUCUGAAACGUUCUUGAUUUUAAGUGCUCCAAUUUCAUAAGCAGUUAAGACUCUACUUCCAAAGAAACAUGGGUGGAUAAGCAGGUCAGCAAUAGAAACUCGACUGGGAGUUAAAUCCAUAGCAAUUUCAAUAUUAGGAGAAGCAUAAUCUGACGUUUGUUUAACCGGAAGAACCGUUUUUGACUUUAAGACACCUACAACUGUAGUUUGCUCCUCGAUUUCGUCCUCCUUAUUCGUUUUAUUGAUUCCAGAUUCAAUUGGUUUCCUCUCAAUCUCCUCUAUGGACGGUAGAAUUUCUUGCUCAGGGACAAAACCAUUUUGCGAUAAAACUGGCGAACACAGAGAAACGACUUGAGAAGAGGAAGGGAAAUAGUGAAAAUCGAUUGGUGACUUUCUUGGACACGAACUGAGGUCCGGAGAGGAAUUCUGCGAAUGGCGAGAAACAGUGCGCGACUUUGUUUGCGAGCUUUUGAGCGAUGGCGACCUACCUCUUUUCCGCGAUUCAGUCUGUGAACUUCCGCGCUCACUCUUUUCCGCGAUAUGCCCCAUUUUUCCGCGCGACGCCUUCUGUGAGUGCGAAACAGAAUGAACAGUUCGCGACUCCAUAUGCGAACUGGUGAGCGACUGCGAUGAACAAUUUCUAGGGUUCCCCGCUCGACGUGCUAUGUUACCACUCUCUCCCUGAUCGCAAUUUCUUGCGUGUCCAUGGUGCGCAGUACUUGAUCUAUGCGAAUGACUCCUCGAGAUUCUGACCUUCAAUUCUGCGAUGCUAGCUUGCAUCGCCGCUUGCAUCACGGCCAUAUUAGCCGCUAUAUUCGCCAUCCUAGCUUGCAUUUCACGCUGAUUCCUCUCCACUUCAGUGAGUCGUCCCUCCAUUUUCAGGCGUGGUUAUCUCAGCGAUCGACGUCUCUGAUACCAAUGAUAGGGAUGUCCAGAUUCACAGAAAUAUUACAGAAAAGAUGAACAGAAUUUAAAGGAACAAUUCAAGAAACUGUAUUGAAGAAGAACCAGAAUCAAUGGCCGAAGCCCCCAAUGGCCGAAGCCCCCAAAGAAAGAGAUUAUUAGUCUAUAACUUCCCAGUACAACACAAAAUGUCUAAACAGCCUCUCCCAAUUUCUAACUGUAGUCUAUUUAUAGUAAGGAAGGCUAGCCCCCGGUAGUUAUUAGCUCAUAACAAACUAGACUAAUAACAGACCCUAUUUCUUUCUAAAAUACACUUUAUUAGAGUAUUUAUCUUCUUUUCUUCAGUUUAGUAAAGUCUCUAUCAGAUUUCUAAGAGACUUAGUUAAAAUAUCUGCAAGUUGUUCAGUUGUGUUGACAUAUUUUGUGAUGAUAUGUCCACUCGUGAACUUCUCUCGGAUAAAAUGACAAUCAACUUCAAUAUGUUUUGUCCUCUCAUGAUAUACCAGUUUUGUGUUUCCAUAUUUUAACUCUUGGAGGAGAUGCUUCAACCAUAAGAUUUCACAUGUAGCAAGGGCCAUUGCACAAUAUUCUGCUUCAGCACUAGAUCUGGCAACCACAUCCUGUUUCUUACUUUUCCAUGAAAUUAAGUUUCCACCAAUCAAGAUGCAAUAUCCCGAAGUGGAAUGUCUAUUCAUCGGACAUCCGGCCCAGUCUGCAUCACAGUAUCCCAUAAUAUCAUGGUGGCCUCGAUCUUCAAACAACAAUCUUUGCCCCGGAGUUUUCUUGAUGUAUCUCAAAACUCGGAUAGCUGCAUCCCAAUGUCCGGUACAUGGCUUAUCAAGAAACUGACUAAGAACACUUGCCGCAAAUGAAAUAUCUGGUCUCGUGAUGGUAAGAUAAUUCAAUUUGCCGAUGAGUUUUCUAUAUUUUUCCUUGUUGGGCAAAAGAUCUCCCUAUUCUGAUAAGAGUUUAACGUUCGGAUCCAUUGGUGUAUCCACUGGCCUGCAAUAUAGCAAACCUGUUUCCUCAAGAAUAUCCAAGGCAUACUUUCUUUGUGAGAGAGCAAUUCCAUUUUGAGACUGUGCGACCUCAAUGCCAAGGAAGUAUCUCAACUUUCCCAAGUCUUUUGUUUGAAAUUUUCUAAAGAGAUGUUGCUUGAGGAGCGCAAUUCCUUGAUCAUCGUUACCUGUAAUGACAAUGUCAUUGUGAAAGACAUUAUAGAAUAUUCUUUAGAAUAUGUUUUAGAAUAUUCUUCUAUCUUUAGAAUAUGCUUUAGAAUAUUUUAGGAAUAUACUCUAGGAUAUUAUUAUUGUAUAGAAUCUUAAAGGAAUAUUCUAUCUUUGUAAUGUAUAUAUAUAUAUGGGCUUGACCCUCCAAUGAAAUACACACAAAAAAUCAUUCUUCUCAUUACUAUUCUAUCUUUAAUUCUUACAACAUGGUAUCAGAGCAAUCUGUUCCAGUUUAGCUUAGCAGUAUUUUUCAGAAUCUCAGUUCAUGCCUCAGCCAGAACCUUAGCCCAAAAUUCAGAACCUCAGUCCAAAAUCCACAGUUUCACAUAGCAUCACCUCCACCCUAAGCAGUCACGCCUUCCGCCGCCGACCUUACACUCGAAAUCCGCAGGCCACACGCGCCGUCAGAGGACCUCGCAGACCUAAUCGCAGACCCAAUCGCCGGAGAAUCCAUCAGAACUAUUUUCCGGUGUCUUGAACGGUAUUAUCUUUCUGUGACUUUGCUUAUCAAGUAACAACGACAUUCAAGGAUAGUAUUUUGGUCGCUGUAAGUUUACCUAAUACAUAGCAUCUUAUUUCUGCAAUUAAAAAAAAAAACAAAAAAAAAACAAAAAAAAUAUGCCUGGUUCUGAUACAGACACUUCCACCGUACAACAUGCUCAGCCUUUGGUAGUUUCCGAAGUUAUUCCCAUUAAUUUUAAAAUUACUGAGAAUAAACUUUGUGGCUCUAACUAUCUUGAAUGGAGUAAAACUAUCAAACGUUAUUUACGAAGCAUUGAUAAAUACACCCACUUAGUUGAUGACCCGCCAAAGGAGGAGAUUGAUAGAGCUGCUAAUGCUGUCUGGCUUCGUGAUGAUUCUAGAUUAUUUAUCCAGAUUCAGAACUCCAUGGAGAAUGACGUCAUGGGGUAUGUUAGUCAUUGUGAUACUGUGAAAGAACUCUUUGAUUAUUUGGAAUUUAUGUAUUCUGGCAAAGGUAAUCUUAACCACAUCUAUGAGGUGUGCAAAGCCUUUUACAGGGCAGAAAUGAAAGAUAAGCCUCUCACAGCUUAUUUUGUGGAUUUCAAGAAAACGUAUGAAGAACUUAAUACCUUAAUGCCCUUUAGUCCUGAUAUCAAAGUGCAGCAGAAACAACGCGAACAAAUGGCAGUCAUGAGCUUUUUGGCUGGUCUUACGUCUGAUUUUGAAACAGCCAAAUCACAUAUCCUAUCUAGUGAUGUGGUCUCUUCUCUUCAAGAUGCUUUCAGUAGAGUGCUUCGCACUGACACUUCAUCCACAUCAUCAGCACCUCAGCCAAGCAAUGCUUUUGUAGGACAAGUCCCAACAUUCCCCAAUGGAGGUGAGAAGUGGCCACGCACAGGACCGAUUGGCAAAGGAGUAGUAUGCAACUACUGUAAGAAACCCAGACACUUGAUCAAAGAUUGUCGAAAGCUAAAGUUCAAAAAUCAAGGAAAUCAAGUCGCUCACAUUGCUUCCGCUACACAACCAUCUAAUGGAUCCAUCAUUAUGUCUUCGGAGGAAUAUGCCAAAUUCCUAGGUUACCAGGAGGCUCUAAAGCAUUCAUCUACUCCUAUCUCAGCUGUAGCUAAUUCAGGUAAUCCAAACACAUGUCUUGUAUCUUCAUCCUCAAAAUGGGUUAUCGAUUCAGGAGCAACAGAUCAUAUGACAGGUAAUCCUAGUCUUUUUUCCUCAUUCCACACACCUCUUCAUUCUUCUAGUGUGACUUUGGCUGACGGAUCUACGUCACCCGUUCUUGGUACGGGUACAAUUGUCCCAACAUCUACCUUACCUUUGUCACCCGUCCUAAGUCUUCCAAAUUUUGCUUUCAAUUUGAUUUCGAUCAGCAAAAUCACACGUAAACUUAAUUGUUCCGUAACCUUUUUUCCUGGAUAUUGUGUAUUUCAGGAUCUGUUGACGAAUCAGGUUAUUGGUAAAGGAUAUGAGUCGGCCGGUCUCUAUCUCUUGGAUACAUCCUUACCCAAAUCAAUCUCUUGUCUUGGCAUUGGAACUGUGUUAGAGGCUCACUAUCGACUAGGUCACCCUUCUCUUCCGUUGUUAAAGAAGCUUUAUCCUCAAUUCAAUAAGGUGUCAUCUUUACAGUGUGAUUCGUGUCAAUUUGCAAAACAUCAUCGAAGUAGUCUAAGUCCUCGAGUCAAUAAACGAGCACAUGCUCCUUUUGAACUGGUUCAUUCUGAUGUUUGGGGUGCUUGCCCUGUUGUGUCCAAAUCUGGUUUUAAAUAUUUUGUUACCUUUGUUGAUGAUUAUUCUCGUAUGACUUGGAUUUAUUUCAUGAAACGUCGUUCCGAGUUAUUUUCUCAUUUUUGUGCCUUUUGUGCUGAAAUCAAAACUCAAUUUAAUGUACAUGUUCGUAUUUUAAGGGGAGACAAUGCUCAAGAGUAUUUGUCUGCCUCAUUUAAGUUGUAUAUGGCUCAACAUGGCAUAAUUCAUCAAACUUCAUGUGUAGACACACCUCCCCAAAAUGGAGUUGCUGAACGAAAGAACAGACAACUAUUAGAAACUGCGCGGGCUCUUCUAUUCCAAAUGAAUGUGCCAAAACAUUUUUGGGCAGAUGCUGUGUCUACCGCAUGUUUUUUGAUCAAUCGAAUGCCAUCUACUGUUUUAGAUGGUAAAACUCCAUAUCAGUGCCUAUUUCCAAAUAAUGAAAAUUUUCCUAUUCCUCCUAAAGUUUUUGGUUGCACUUGUUUUGUACGAGAUGUUAAUCCCCAUUUAACAAAGUUAGAUCCCAAGUCAUUAAAGUGCAUUUUCUUAGGCUACUCUCGAGUUCAAAAGGGGUACAGAUGUUUUUCUCCAAGUACAGGUCGGUAUAUUGUUUCAAUUGAUGUCUCCUUUUAUGAAAAUACACCAUUUUCAUCAACAGACACAAAUAUCUGUAGGGAGAAUGAUGAUAUACUCAUUUACACAGUCACUAUACCCGAGUCCAAUACUUCAGCAGUUCUUCCCCAUGUUACUUUUCCUGAGCCUAGGCCUCCGAUACACUUGGUAUACACCCGUCGACACAAAGUGCAAGAUCACCCUCCACCUGUGGUUACUUCUCCUGAUACUGAUCCGAUCUCAUAUCCUGAACCGACACCUGCAUCUUCAGAUCCUGUCUCUACGUCAGAUCUUGAUCUCCCCAUCGCACUACGUAAAGGACUUCAGUGCUUGAAAAAGCAUCUAAAUCAGUGUGGGAGCUCAUUUUGGAUCACAAUGGGAUAGGGAAGGAGAUAACUGGGACAGUUGAGGAUGUCUUCUGUAGAUUGAGUGGAAGAGAACCACCUUUAUUCCCUCCUCCCCCUCCUGAUGAACCCAAACCAGAUAAAGAGUCUGAUGAAGGAAGGGAACCUGAGAAGGAUAAAUCGGACUUGGCAUUAAAGAAGAGGAAACUCCAUGAAGUGGUGAACACCGAAGAGCGAGGUGGCACAUAUGAAGUUGCUACCAAAUCAGAUGUCAAGUCCACUGAAGCAGCAUUUGAUGACUCCAAUAGAAGAAUGUCUAUGCCAUGUGCAAAACCAUAAUAUAUGUUCGCCCGAUUGUCUCCAAUGUUUUCUCUUCCCAACCAUACACAUAUUUGCUUUAUCAUUUUGCUCAUUUUAACCCCGUGAACUAGAAUCUUUAAGGUUUUUGUUUGUUUGGAGAUUUUGGAGGGAAGGGGAGGGGAGGUUUGAUAUUUGUUUUACUAGUUAUUAUAUCUAUCUUAGUUUUAGACUAGAAAUAACUAAAUUUUUAGUUAGAACAUGUAUUUAUACAUAGGUUCUUAUCUUCACUUUAUUUUCAACGUCUAAAUGUAGAACUUAUCUUUACAAUAAAUAUUACACCCCCUACUCCCUGAUGUCAGACUUUCUUCAACCAAACAAGGCUGUUGGUGGACCCGUGGUAUAGUCAAUUUUGUUGCCCAGAAACUGCACCAGUUUUCUGGUCGUGGACCAGAACUGAUACGGGAGUCUGGUUCCUCCAAAAUAGGACUGAAGCCGUUUGACUUUUUUUGAAAUAGCCCAAUCAACUGAACCGAGGACCUGGACUGCUAUUAAUUACCCUGUCAAAGCUCUGGUCGCUCCUAUUACAUGAGCCGGAACUGGACUGCAUCCACCCCCAUGCUCCAAUCUCAUAUAAUGAAACUACUCCAUAUCAUGGUUCUGUAUG